CCGUCGGAGAGGACAGAGUUCUUAGAGAAUAUACAGUGCUUUUUGCCCAAAGAAAAGAUGGAUCCGUUGCACGUCUGCAGCGAUAAGUUGACCAAAUUUGUUGAGCUCACGUCACAGAUGAGCAAAGAUGAGCCACAUUUGCCAUUCAUUUGCUGCGGUUUCCAAGAGUAUCGCCACUGUAUUGUCAGCAACACGGAAAAGAUCUGCACAGUUGGUCACUCUCAGUUCUGGGACGAGAUUUUUGACGAGAUGUCAAUGGAGGCGAUUACGUAUGCUUGCUCAAAUUAUGAAACAUAUGAUAAAUGUCAUAAAAACCUAUACCCCGAGGGACUGGCAAAGAUCAAUGCCAUUAUGGAGGCAACCGAUCCGGCCGUUUGGCACCACGGCUUCAAAACUCCGGUCAAAUUCUUCCUCGAUAUGAUCAGAAAGUUUUAUUAA